AUUCCAUCUUGCUCAUCUCCCCGCCAAGUAAUCCCCUACCCAUUUCCAUCUCGCAUGGUCUUGUUACUUACAUUGAAUCCUCUGGUUCUGAUACUAGCGUCUCAAAAUGUGCACCAGCUAUAAUUGUUGGAUUCUGCGUAGCUGAUGGUGGAGCUUCAUCUAUUCUACGUGUAUCCUGCAUUUUGAUUUCCCUCUUUUUAUGUUUUGUCCCCGUUCAGCAUCUGACUGUUAAAUAGACUUAUGUCUGUUGUUUCAGAGUCAUCCUAAUUGCUAAUCUUGAGAGACCGUGGUCACAUUCUAUUCCCAAUGUAGGAAAUGUUAUUUUCCUUCACUUUUGAGUAUUCUAUGCCUGUUGCAUGGGAUGGACUAACAAAUGUUCACGCAGUGAGGGGUUUAUCUCUGUCUCUUUUGUCCUGCAUUAUUUAGAUACUAAAGUUGCUUCCAAAACACAAACGUAAGUUGAUGAGGAUGAAAUUUACUGGAGACAGAAAGGGGACAAUGAAGAGUUGGAAUGGUCACAUUACGCAAAAUCACAGUUAGCUCAAUGUUUUAAUUCAUGGCUGUUGUAACUAAUGCUAUGGUUGGACCAAGAUCCUGGAUUGGAGGACUCUUCAACCGCUCCACCAACAGACGUAAUGACAAAUAUGUUGACUAUCCUUACAGUCCUCUUCAGGUGCAACGGCUUCAAAGACUUCAAGAACGUUUGCAAGUACCAUUCGAUGAGACACGCCCGGAUCAUCGGGAAUCUCUUAGAUCAUUGUGUUAUGUUGCCUUUCCCAAUGUUGUUUUGACGGCCUUAAUAUCGGAGCAAUGGAAAGACAUGGGCUGGCAAGGUCAUAAUCCAUCAACUGACCGGACUGCCAGAUGUGUGGAACGAACUCUUGUAUGCCUACAUUUUACAGAAUUAGACUCCUAAACAUAAGAAAUAGAU